UAGUCUUUGCUGCAGCCUCAGCCAUCGGACGUUGCCGGUCGCAGUUAUAGUCGUUAUAGUUAGUAGCAAAGGCUUAGGCAUUCAAAGUGGAUGUCGAGGAGGUGGUGGUGCUGGUAAUUGUCAAUGAGAUUGCUCUUUGUUUUGCUAUAUAUUUAAAAAAGAAAAAAACAAAUAAUAAGAAUAACACAACGCACAAGUCUAAUCAAAAUUUUCUUUCAAGUGAAAAAUUAAAAAUCUCCCGUUGUGCAAUAAACGGGAAAAAUGUGAGAAAGUCAUCCUCUUUGUUUCAUGCAAAAAAUGUUUGUGGCAAAUUCUGCGAGCGUACUAAAACUACAAAUUGCUCAGUGCGUUAAGAAAACAAAAUUGUUAUAAGUCGGGAAAAAUUGCAUUUAAGUGAAAAUUUAGUUAAAAAUUGCCUAUCUUAGCAAAAUACAUACCAUAAAAAAAUGAUGUAAAAGGUAAACAACCCCUAUAACAAUAACAGGGCAAAAAGCUAACCAACCAGGUUGCCACAGUUUAACAAACAAAAUGUGCAAAAAAUCAAUGUAAGCCCGAAUGGAGAGUCCUGUCGUGUAACCCCUGAAAGAAAGAAAGAUAAAUGAAAUGAAAUGAAUGAAUGAAUAAAGUUAAGGUCUUACCUUAGCUUAUUGGGUGAGAAAAUGUGAAUUAAAAUCAAAGACGACCAACAGAAAUCAAAUACCAAAGAUAUAUUUAUGUACUAACAAUUAGAAUAGCAGUUGUGAUAAAUCGAUAUAGUUGAAGGGAUAUUGAUUCAAAAUAUGUCCUAGGUCGACACAAGUUAGAAAGUUAGUUACUACAUUUAGUUGCAAAUACAUAUAACACACUCCACAAAAGGCAACAAAUGAAGCUUUCACAGAUGACCGCCAACGGCUUACUAGGCAGAACAAUUGUGCAAGAAGGAUCUCGCUCAAAUCGUCGUUCCCUAGUAUCCCUUAUAGUGGGUCUGGUGGUGGGAUUUUGCCUGGCCGAACUGUUUGUUUUAUCCACACCAGAGAAGCCGGAGUGGAUGUUGUAUUCAGGUCAUCAACAUGGUGAUGUAAACGACGAUCCUCACGAUAGUCAUGGCUUAAUGGAUUUGGCCGGUCCGGAAAUGGAUGUGGGUAGCCAUCAACAUGUCCAUGAAAACAACACGGUAGCCCAAAAACUCUACAACGAAGUACGUGUCCUUUGCUGGAUCAUGACCAAUCCCAAGAACCAUCAGUCCAAGGCAAGACAUGUGAAGAGAACCUGGGGCAAACGGUGCAAUAAAUUAUUAUUUAUGUCUUCUGCUGAAGAUAAGGAUCUUGGUACAGUGGCUCUGAACGUAGCCGAAGGCCGCAACAAUUUGUGGGCCAAAACAAAGGAGGCCUAUAAGUAUAUCUAUGCAAAUCAUUUGGAUGACGCUGAUUGGUUUUUUAAGGCCGAUGAUGAUACGUAUACCAUAGUUGAAAAUUUGCGGUUUCUCCUUUAUCCCUAUAGCCCGGAGACUCCAAUAUACUUUGGGUGUCGUUUUAAACCGUUUGUGAAACAGGGUUAUAUGUCUGGUGGCGCUGGUUAUGCGUUAAGCAAAGAAGCCGUCAAACGUUUUGUAGAAAGGGCUAUUCCGAAUCCAAAGUUAUGCAGUCAAAAGAAUAGUGGUGCUGAAGACGUGGAAAUAGGUAAAUGCUUGGAGAAAGUCCAUGUAAUCGCUGGCGAUUCCAGAGAUGCUCAAGCUCGAGGCCGAUUCUUUCCCUUUGUUCCUGAACAUCAUUUAAUACCAAAUCAUACGGAUAAGAAAUUUUGGUACUGGAAAUACAUUUACUACAAAACAGAUGAGGGUCUUGAUUGUUGCUCUGAUCACGCUGUCUCAUUUCAUUAUGUCACCCCCAACCAAAUGUAUGUGCUAGACUAUCUGAUUUAUCAUCUCAGGCCAUACGGCAUUAUCAAUACUCCCGAAAUGUUGCCGGACAAGCUGAAACCUGGUAAAACGGAGCCACCGCCCAUAGCACCAUCUGAGAAUGUGGCUGAAGCAUCGUAAAUCACUUAAUAUUAAUAAUCCUCAUUAAUUUUGUAUAAAACCAACCCAAAGAAAAAUCAAAAUACCCCCUCAAAUGUAAAUACCAAUAACUUAAAGUAGUGCAGAAAUGCAGAAAUGCUAAACAUCAUUUGCCAUAUGAUAAUUUUAAUUUAAUUAUACAGAUAUAUACAAUCUCAAUUUUCAAAAAAAUGAGUACUAUCAUCGAUAUACUAUUAAAUGUAUGUAUGAACUAGUUAGGUAUUGUAUGUAGAUUAAACGCUUGCCCAUAAUAAAUUGUCCCUUUUGUGAAGAGGAAGGGUUAAACAUUGAUGAAAGAGA